CCGGACUCUGACGUCUGCAGUGACGCCCUUAAAGACGGCGAGCGAGGAGGAGGCGGGUUGAUGGUCGCUCCGAAAUAAGAGAAUCAAGCCACUCCAUGGUGAACCAACCCGGCGGCGGGCGGAGUUGAUUAUAGAAACGGAGAGAUGGGAGAUUCUCCUAUAGAGGAAGAAGAUGAUUGUCCUGAGCUGAUUCCAAUAAAAGUUCCAGAAGUUAAGGGCAGUGUGGAAGGAGACAUUCUAUCUAGCAAGAGCGCUAAGAUACCUGUCACUAUUAUCACAGGUUACUUAGGUGCUGGGAAAACUACUCUUCUUAAUUAUAUUUUGACAGAACAACAUAAUAAAAGAAUAGCGGUUAUUCUAAAUGAGUUUGGUGAAGGAAGUGCCUUGGAGAAAUCAUUGGCUGUAAGUGAUGGCGGAGAACUGUAUGAAGAAUGGCUGGAGCUCAGAAAUGGUUGUCUAUGCUGUUCUGUAAAGGAUAAUGGAUUGAAGGCCAUUGAAAAUCUAAUGCAGAAGAAGGGCAAAUUUGAUUACAUUUUGCUAGAGACAACAGGAUUGGCAGAUCCAGGUGCCGUUGCCUCCAUGUUUUGGGUUGAUGCUGAACUAGGAAGUGAUAUUUAUCUUGAUGGCAUUGUGUCUGUUGUUGAUGCAAAGUAUGGACUGCAGCACUUGAGAGAAGAAAAACCCAGUGACCUCAUCAAUGAAGCAGCUAGACAGAUUGCACUUGCAGAUCUUGUAAUCAUCAAUAAAACUGAUUUGGUUUCACAAGAAGCACUGACAAAACUGAGAAGAACUGUCAGGUCAAUCAACGGACUUGCCAAACUUUUAGAAACUCAGCGAUCAAGAGUUGAUAUCUCUGAUGUCUUGGACCUCCAUGCCUUUGAUAGCUUUUCAGGGAAAAGUUUGCAGCAGAGACUGCAGCUAGAGGAAGCACCUCAUCCACACCUAGACAAGAGUAUUGUUACAUCAACAUUCGAAGUAGCGGGAAGUUCAACUGAAGAAGACCUAAAUGUGUUUGUUCAAAAUCUGCUGUGGGAGAAAAAUGUUAAAGACAAGAGAGGUAACCCCAUGGAAGUCAUAAGACUCAAGGGACUUGUGUCUAUCAAAGACAAACCUCAUCAGGUGAUUGUACAAGGUGUCCAUGAGCUUUAUGAUCUAGAAGAAACCACUGUCAAAUGGACAGAAGAAAAUGAACGAACGAAUAGAUUAGUUUUCAUAGGAAGGAACCUGGAUAAAGAUAUUCUUAAAGACGUCUUUGUAACAAGUGUGAUAAAGAGAGAGGGAAAUGGUUGAUGUCACCUUCCAAAGAAAAACUGUUCAGUACCUCAUUUUUAAACAACUGAGUUUUUAAAACGUUCUGGACUAUUUUGGUUUCACUCGGCUGUUUGGUAUAAAUUUGUCAGCAGUCGGCGCUUCUUGUCUUUCUUCAUUAAAGACGUUUAAUAAACUA